AUGACUUUGUACAUCUCAUCUCAUGAUCCGGUAUCAGAGGUGGUAUUCUUCCAUGCCUUGCGAAUAUCAAAAGAGACCCUCACUGGGCUUGUUAUUAACCAACACAGCAAUAUUAUAAAAACAGUUGACUCAGAAUCUGGAACUCCGCCACCGCAAUUAGUUAAUCCAGCUGAACAUGCGAUGGAUAACGUUACGAUACAUGUCUAUAAGGAAGGAACAACAGGAGGUCAUUGGUGUGCAAAAAUUAUAUUUUUUACUUUAUUUACAGCACUAAUUGGUCUUGUUGGUGUAAUUAUUUUAGAGCAUCGAGGUACAACUGAUGUAAAAUAUAGUAAAAAAAAUACACGACAGUCUUCGAAGAAGGAUGAAGACAGUUAUGAAUUCACAGGAAUGCCUGGAAUUGAUGAUAGGGAUGAUUUCAAAAAAAUGGAAAAAGUAGAAGGUAUUGAGGUUCCCACGGAUAAAGAUGAGGUAGUAGAUGAAACUAAUGGUAGUAUUUUCAAAAUGAAUGCUAUGAAUAAUAUAAAUUGCGGAAAAUAUAAUGUCGUGAUUGCAGUGCCAGUGAAAUUUGGAGUUGGUGUUGCUCUUGUCAUUGCCGCUCAUAUUGUACUGAUUAGAAGGUGGAAAAAUGUUGACGCUCCAAAUUCAGAAGAAAUAACUGAUAUAAAGAGAAGAAAUACUACUGUACCGCCUACUAGUUCAAAAAAGUUUACACAAGAUUCCAGACAAACAAAAACUUUUCAAGAUGUAAAAUCUAAAUACAAAAAUUUGCAAGAAGAUAUUAAAAGGGUUAACAAACCAUUAAGUUCAAAAGACGAAGAGACGAAUUUAUUAAGACCAACAAAAGAACAGGAAAUUCACACAUCUGAAAGUGAACGACAUUCGGGUACUGAACUCGAGUCAGAUUAUAUGGAUGAUGACUUAGAGCCCGAAGAAGACUUGGAGGAUGAAGAAGAUUUAGAGGAUGAGGAAGAAGUUGAAGAGGUCGAUGACGGAGAUUUGGUUGCUAAAUUAGAGGCUAAGUAUGGUAAGCUUCCAACACCGAGUCAGAGCGAAGAAGAAGAAGAAGAAGAAGAAGAGGAGGAUGAAGAAGAAGAAGAUGAAGAGGAGGAUGAAGAAAUUGAAGAUGAAGAGGAAGAAUAUGAAGAUGAAGCAGAUUGGAAACCAGGUAUUAAUGUUCCAAAGACACAAAAUUCCGCUAAUGAAGAUAAAAAUUCAAAAGAAAAAGAAUCAGCGAGAGGACGUCAAGUUAAUCCACCACUCCGAGGUGGUCGACAAGCUGUUGAUUCUGAAGACUAUGAAAAUGUUAAUGUUCAAGAUGAAAUUGAGCAUUGGUUAGCGAAGGAUUUGGAUAAUUGA